CUGCUGUUAACAUCUUGGAUAUUUGAACAAUUUUACUUGUCUUAGAAUAAUUUCAUGUUGUUUGAAUAUUGAAACAAUAUUGGAUUUUGUACUACUGUUAUACUAAACACAAGUUUUGAAACUUCUAAAAAGUCAAAAAUCUAAAAAAAACUAACAUAAAUUUUAUUCUGAACGAUUUAUACCUAGUGAUUUACUUAGAGAAGUUGAAGACAUUUGCAAGAACAGCGAAAAUGGUGCCAAAAGUAAAUUUAAGACAAUUCCUGUGUUUGUUAACAGUUUUUAUCUACAGUAUCUCAGCCAACAAACAGAAACAUAGAAACUGUUUUCAGAAUUUUAAUCAUAAAAUUCAAAGAUGUCUGGAGCCAUUCUCUAAAUUAUUCCGAACAUAUCAACAGACUCAAGAUGAAAGUUCCUUUUCCAAUAUUGUCAAAAAACAUAUUUGCUUUGAAUAUGAGAAGAUGUUACUAUGUAUGCACUCGACCUUGACCCAUUGUCCAACUUUACGAAAUAUAAAACGUGUUCAGGAGAAACUUGGAGCUGAUUGGGUGAACAAUGUGAAUGGAUUAUGUCGUAUCCCAGCCACCCCCCACACGGAGGUACAUGAAGUUGAACCACAACAAAAUUCAAUUCUUAACCAUUACGAAUCUCAAACUGUCAAACCUGUAGUGAAUAAGCCACAAGAAGAGGUUUCCGAAAAAGAUAUUUCCAAGGAACAAAUUUCCAAUGAAGAUUCUGAAACAUGGGAAAUGUUUGAAGCAAAAGACAAAGUUUUAGAAAAGCAGCAAAAUGAAAUUUGGAAUAAAUUAAAAAAUACAUGGCGUCAACGUGCUAAAAUUAUGAAACAGCGUCUCCAUCUGGUGCUGAAAUCUUCAAACAAGGGGAAUAACUACAAUACAUAUAACAUUUUCUACAAUGUAGUGCCAAGAAGUGUUCAUGUACCCCAGCGACUUCGAAUUGGUACAAAAUUCGUCUCACACCAAGCACAUUCCAGUGCAUCCACAAGUGACAUCACUGUUUCAGUUUUUAUGCUGUGUCUUAGUCCUGUUCUGAUUGGAUUACAUUGAUCAUGUGACUGUUACCUUGGUGAUGGAAUAUAUACAAUACUCGGUAAAACCAUUGUGAUAAGUAUGGAUUUUAAAUUUGAAUAAUAUUUCAAAUUUUAGACCAAAUGAAUUUAUUUUAUUUCUGUGGAAAUGUUUUUAUAAAAUUAUGAAGGAUUAAAUCCAAAUAUGUCUCAAGUGUGUCUCAAAAGACAUGAAAUUUUUAUGUGUGUUAUUGAAGCGUUUAGUGUGUGAGACUAUAAAUGGUGUUUUUAAGUGUGUGAAUGAAUUUUGUUUUAACUUUCAAUUGUGGAAAUAUUUUGUUAAAAUUGUUAAUUUAUAUUUUGUUAUGAAUAAAGAUUGUUAUUUCAUAUUUU